AACAUGGCCAACCUUCCCCGGACUGUACUGAUCUCAGGCUGCUCAUCCGGAAUCAGCCUGGAGCUCGCAGUGCAGCUGGCUCGUGACUCCAGGCAGCGCUACCGGGUGGUGGCCACCAUGAGAGAUCUGGGAAAGAAGGGGACACUGGAGGCAGCUGCCGGGGAGGCUCUGGGUCAGACCCUCACUGUGGCCCAGCUGGACGUGUGCAGUGAUGAGUCAGUGGCCCAAUGUCUCAGCUGCAUCCAGGGAGGAGAAGUGGACGUGCUGGUGAAUAAUGCUGGCGUGGGCCUGGUGGGGCCUCUGGAGGGGCUCAGCCUAGCUACCAUGCAGAAAGUCUUUGACACCAACUUUUUCGGAGCCGUCCGCCUGGUCAGAGCUGUGCUUCCGGGCAUGAAGAGGAGGCGGCAGGGCCACAUCGUGGUGGUCAGCAGUGUCAUGGGGCUGCAGGGUGUCGUGUUCAACGACGUCUACGCAGCCUCCAAGUUUGCCCUGGAAGGGUUCUUCGAGAUUCUGGCCAUCCAGCUGCUCCAGUUCAACAUCUUCAUCUCCCUGGUGGAACCCGGCCCCGUGGGCACGGCCUUUGAGGAGAAGCUGCUGGAGCAGGUUUCCACCGCCCAGUUCCCAGGCGCCGACCCCGACACCCUGCGCUACUUCCGGGACCUCUACCUCCCAGCGUCCCGGGAGCUCUUUCGCUGUUUGGGGCAGAGCCCCCAGGAUGUGGCCCAGGCCAUUGUCAAGGUCAUCGGCUCGACCAGACCACCCCUGCGCCGACAGACCAACGCCCGCUACUGCGCCCUGAGAACAGCCGGACCUCCCCCGUGCACACCCAGUGUGGCAGUUCCCUGA